AUGUCAACAUCUCUAACUGAUUUUCUAAAUUCCCAGAUCCAACCCUCAUUUGAUGUAAAGGAACAAUUGGAGUCUUUAAUUAAAUCUACAGAACAUCAGAUAUCCUCCCUCAAACGUUUCAUUUUUCUAAAGGAAUCUACCGAUGUGCUUUCAAAGUUUUCAUUCGAGGCUGAAAAUUUCUUAAAAGCGAAAGACGAAAUUCAGAAACGUCUCGAUGAACUAACGUCUAAUGUCUCCGAGUCGUUGCGAGGUGGUGGAGAUAUAGCUGAGGCUAUUUUUCCCGAUAUUAUAAACCUAUAUUCCAUACAAUCUACUCUUCGCACAUCGGAGAGAUUGGAACUGAUUUCGCGUUAUCGAUCCGAAGUUGUGUCAGCCCGCGUACUCGGUUCACUUGAAAUGGCUUUGUCUGCCUUUGGGAAUCUUUCCUUGCACAUUGGUGCCCAUAUUUCUUCUACUGAGCCCCUGUUACUUCCUCUUCCAUCAUUUUAUGUUCCAUUGCUUGAGAAUUUUGUCACUAUGUUUCAAAAUACUUGUAAAAAGAUGGAAGUUCCUAAAAUUCGCCCACCAUCUAAUUGGAUGGAAAAUGGAGUAGAGCGCUUAGGUGAUCAAUGUCCUUGGGAUAUGAACACAAUACGGGAUUUCAGACUCCUUUUCCGAACUCUCACCUACAUCAUGCUUCCUGAACCGAAAGUUAUGUCAGACAAUGCAAAACGGGUGAACUUAUCUUUACCUGUGCGUCUUUUAUUGGAGCCGCUUGAAAAGCGCUUUCUUUUCAACUUCUACGGCAAUCGAUCAACGAAUAAUCCUGAAAAGCCAGAAUGGUACUUUACUGAGGUGCUAACAUGGAUAAGUAUAAAUGACCAGUGGUUAACUUGGAUGCAAGAUGAACAGCUGAAGCAUGUUAUUAGGCCAUUUUCAAGUCUUCGAGGACUUUUGAGUUUCGUGGUGGAUAAGAUUUCGUUUGACUUGGGGCUUUUGAAAACACCUCCGAAGCCGAGAUGUGAAGUCAAUCUUAAGUGUAGGUUUCUAUUCAAACAAAUUGUCUUAGUUAGAAUAUGA